CCAAUGAGAGCACUGGAAUCAUUCCGGCGAAUGUGAGACAGCUGUGUUGAUGUUUACGUGGUGACAGGUGGAUGAUACACGACUCUGUUCAGCAGGUGAGUUCAGAGUAACGUCUGCGUCACAUUUCCCUAGUCGGUGUUCGAGAAAGCUGCUCGCGAGGCCAGCCUGGGUAGGAAACCACGGUGGAGCCUCGAGUCUUUCCAGUCAUUAUGAAGCUGAUUUUCUGUUACUUUGGAGGAGCUACUCUCAGCUGCUUGUUCCUGGUUCUGCUGCAGCUGCACUGCUCUCUCAGCCAGAAGUCUGAAGGUGCCUUAACCGUGGUGGAGAACACUGAAGGAGGACGGGGUGUUGAUGAAGAGGAGGAGGUGACGGUUGAUAAUGAUGAUGAUGAUGAUGGAGUUUUUGAGGUUGUUCAGCCUAAUGAACAGUGGCAAACACUGAAACCAGACCAGGCCGUCCCAGCAGGCUCCCAUGUGAGGCUGAACCUGCAAACCGGUGAGAGGGAGGUCAGGCUGGGGGAGGAACAGCUCAAGUACUGGACCCAGCAGCACAGGGAAGAGGAAAAGAGCCGGUCCUCCAUUGAUCCCGAUGAGCUGAAACGUGCCAUGAAGAAGAUCAAGGAGGACCAGAGCAGUCAGGACUCGGCGCCAUCCAGGUUCCGGCCGCUGGACGAGUUAAAGAAGGAGAUGGCUGACCUGGACCUGCUGGUAGAGACGGAUGUCCAGAUCAUGAGGCGCCUGUUGGAUCAGUUCAACAGCAGCAACUCCACUAUGGAGCAGAGGCUGAGCAUCCUGCAGGAGCUGGAGUACCUGGUGCAUCAGGUGGAUAAUGCUCAAACCCUGUGUGCGAUGGGGGGCCUGAGCUUCAUCCUGCAGGGUCUGAACAGCUCUGAUGUCCGAUUCCAGGAGAACUCUGCGCUGGUCCUGGGCUCCGCUGUAGCCAGUAACCCAGUGGUCCAGGUCCAAGCAGUGGAGGGGGGGGCUCUGCAGACCCUUUUAACAACGCUGGCCACCACUCAGCCGCUCAACGUCAAGAAGAAGGUCCUGUUUGCUCUGGCUUGCCUCCUGCGUCACUUCCCCUACGCACAACGCCACUUCCUGUCCCACGGCGGGCUGCAGAUUCUAUCGGAGCUCUUUAGGGCAGACGCUGGAGGAAUCCUGCGAACACGAAUAGUCACCAUGCUGUACGACAUGAUCAGCGAGAAGGAGCUGAUCUCCCAGGCUGGCCUGGACCCGGUCCAGGACCCGGCCCAUGCCGAGCGGCUGCGUCAGUACUCCCAGGUGUCCCUGCAGGAGGAGCUGAUGGAGGAGGGCUGGUGCUCUCUGGUGCCACAGCUGCUCCAGUCUACUGAGCAUGACUACAGGGAGAAGGCUCUGCGGGCGCUGUUGGCCAUGACUCCUGUGUGUCUGGAUCAGUACCGCUCAGAUGGUGCUCUGCUGGGUUCUCUGCUCACCCUCAGACUGCAGUACUCAGAACUGAUCCAGUCAGAAAUGAUCCUAGGAGAAGAGACCAGCUACUUCACAGAGAUGGUGGAGCUUAUAGACUCUCUGCAGGUCAAAGUGAAAUGACCAGCACUUCCUGCUGAGAGGAAAGUAAACAGUAAACAACCAGUC